GGGGGGAGUGUUUCCAAUUAAUUUAUUUUGCAGUUUUAAAGUUAAAAACUAGUGAUUGAAUAUUUCGAAUUAUCAAUGGUUGCCUACGGGUUAUGUUGCUCGAACACUCUAAAAAUGUUGCCAUUGGCAGGUUAGAUUCUUCAAAAAUGCACUACUUUUUGAUAAUCCGACAUGAAUGUGGAAGAGUUCGAGCAACCUAGUCUCUUGGUACAAAUGGUACUCAGUGGACAUUUUAGAGAGUUCGAGCAACAUAGUCUCUGGGAAUUUCAUAUUAUGAUUUCAUAUCACAUGGCCAGACGGGCCCUUGAUAUUAAGCAAGUAGUGUCAUCUAACACCUCUUAUGUCGAACAAUUUAAUUGAUAUGUGUGUGAAUAAAAUUAAAUGAUUAUGCAUACCGGUUUAACGACUACAAGUAAUUCUUUUGAUGUGAACAUAUUUAUCUUGAGCAAAAAGGGAAAGAAUUUAGUUUGGGUAAUCAAUUGAGUUGGUGGUGAGUCAUUGUUAAAGGAUUAGGAGGGUCUAAUACUGAAGAUGGUAGUUCUCCAACUUGGAUUAGGUACUAAGCCAUUUAGUACCAAUAGUCUCCAAAUUGGAUUCUACUUUCAACUAAUUGAAAUGAAAAUGAGAAGUCAAUUUUUACAUCGAUUGUGAUGUGGCGCCACGUCAAGUGGGGUCCACUUCAUGUAAGCUGUCCUCCAUUUCAAUCUCCAUAUUCUUUCUUUGGGAGGAUGAGUGGUUUUCGUUGAGCCGAGAGUGUAUUAGAAACGGGCUCUUCCCAGACCGGGGAUUACUCUCUGUGUGUUGUUGUAUAUAUAUAUAUUUUGAUAUAUUUUACAUUUUUAAGUUUUUUGGUGAUGAUUACGAAAGCACUACCUAUAAUAAUAUUUUCCUAAGAAAUUAUUGAAUGAGUGGUUGUUCUAUCAACUUCAAUUGCUGCAUUAUUUUCAGUAGUGGUCAAUUCAAUUUGCUGUAAUGGCCUAAUGCUCUUUGGAGAAAAAUGAUUUGCUUUAGAAAUAACCAAAUCAUGAUGGUUGUGCAGUAACAGUUAAAAUCUGGAAUUGAUGAAAUCUCGAUGGAUAUGAAAGGUAAGAAAUUAACCAUCAUCGGAACAGUUGAUCCAGUGAGUGUAGUGAGCAAACUUCGGAAAUUUUGGCCAGCACACAUAAUCUCCGUAGGACCAGCCAAAGAGCCAGAGAAGAAAGAGGAACCAAAGAAAGAAGAGGCCAAGAAAGAGGAGGCUAAGAAGGAGGGCGAGGGCAAGAAAGAAGACGCUCCGAAGGAGGAAAAGAAAGAGGAGGGUAAGAAGGAAGAAGAAGGUAAGAAGGAUGAAAAUAAGAAAGACGAGCCCAAAAAGGACGGAGAGAAGAAGGCAGAACCACAGCCACAGCCACAGCCAAUGCCAAUGCCGAUGCCUAUGCCAUUCCCACAUCAUCAAGGCUAUAAUCAAUCCGUGGUUGGCAUGGUACCUUAUCGGCCAUACUAUCCUCCUCCUCCUCAUAUGCAAGCUAUGCCCUAUCGUCCAUAUUAUCCUCCUCCCGCGCAAACAUACUACCAGGUUCAUCACAGCAUGGAAGAGAAUCCUAAUUCAUGUGUUAUCUGUUAAAUUGGUUCGGAGAACGAAAUGGGAUCAUAUAUAUUAUAUAGACAUAGCUCUCCGUUCUUCUUGUUUCGAGUUGGUCUAGGGUUAUAAUCUGUUACCAUGAACCGAGACUAGCAUUCAAGAACAGAGAAAAUCCAUUGUGAAUACACAAUGAUCAUGCCAUCAUAUUUGUCUUUGCAGAAUUAAGAAAUUGUGUAUAGAGAAUUAAAUAAGAGUUUUGCUCCCUUCUUUUUUGCUUAUAAAUUCUUACAGAGAAAUGCUCGUUGUGUGCACUCUAUUCUUGGAGUUGUGGGGAACUCUUUAGGUCGUUUAGUUCAUGGACUAAGUUAUUUUGGGAUUAUCGAUUUUGAAAUUGUAGUAUUUCAACCAAUUUAAGACAA